CAGACAGAUAUAUAUAAGCAAGCAGAUGGUGGUUUGUUGAGAGGGAAAGUUUCAGAUCAAACAAAACAAUGGAAGCAGCAAUGGGAUUGAUGAGAAGAAUGCCUCCAAAACACACCGAAACCGCUCUCUCCGCUCUCCUCAGCCUCCUCCCGGACCACUCCUCCGAUCUACUCUCUCAAAUCGAUCAGCCUCUUCAGGUCUUAUGUGAUGUGGAUAAUGCAAAAGAGUUCAUCUUAUGUGAGUACAACAGAGAUGCUGACUCUUACAGAUCACCGUGGUCGAAUAAAUAUCAUCCACCAUUGGAAGAGGGGAUUUAUCCAUCAUCUGAAUUAAGGAAGCUAGAAAUCGAAGCAAAUGAAAUAUUUACAGUUUAUCGUGACCAGUAUUAUGAAGGCGGUAUUUCAUCAGUAUAUCUGUGGGAAGAUGAUGACAAUGAAGGUUUCGUAGCCUGCUUCUUGAUUAAAAAAGAUGGAUCAAAGUAUGCACAUGGUAAAAGAGGUUAUCUUCAUGAGGGUGGGUGGGAUGCCAUUCAUGUUAUCCAGGUGGGGCCAGAAGUGCAAGGAAUGGCUCAUUACUGUUUAACAAGUACUAUAAUGCUGUCGUUAACUACAAACGGUGACACAUCCGGCACUUUUAAUUUGUCAGGAUCCAUCAGGAGACAGAUGAAAGCGGACUUGUGUGUUGAAGAUGGUCAUUUAUGCAAUAUGGGAAAGAUGAUAGAAGAAUUGGAAGGAAAGCUGAGGAAUCAACUUGACCAGGUGUACUUUGGGAAAACGAAGGAGAUGGUAUGUACAUUGCGUCCUCCUUCCGAGCUGCUGCUGCCUAUGGCCCUACCUGAGGCCAGAAAACCGUAAUAUAUGCCGCUUGUUCAUCGUGAAGUUAAGUUGUUCUUUUUAUGUUGUUGUGUUUGAAUACAUAAGUUUGGAUGCCAAAUGAGAUAUUAGAGUUUCUGUUCAUCAUGGUUUUUGAAUAUAUAUUGUCAAUGUCAAUUAUGAUACACUUUAUCAUAUUCAUAUAGCGUUUGUUUGUUCAUAA